AAAGACGACACUUGAGGGCGCGCUUCAGUACAUGUGUUUUUGGGUGGACUUUGAGUUUUACUGCAGUGUUUUGAUUGAUGUUUUGUCCCCCAAAUCUAACUUCAUUUAUACAGGUUACUGGACAGAAAAGUACCUCCUAACUGUUUGUUUUUUAUACAAUAAUCCGUCAACAUGCUGAGUGUUAUAACUCACCUGAACUCCUUGAAGUACGUGGUUCCAGCGUUAGCAAUGAUGGGCUCUACACCGCAGUAUACCGCAUUGUAUGCGGGUUGGCGAUGCAUGGCAUCGUUGCUACCUUACCGAUGGUCACAGGCAGUGGAGGAUGGGUUAAUGGGGGUUUACCAGAGACUCGUCGAGUUCUUCUUCGAAAACUAUUCGGGCGUAGAGGUGAUUCUGUACGGUGACAUAGAGACCUUGGACCAUCCAGAGAAUGUUGUUUACAUCUGUAACCAUCAGUCGACCAUGGAUUGGGUCAUUGCGGACAUGAUGGCAAUCAGAGGAGGUCGAUUAGGAAAUCUUAGAUUCAUCUUGAAGGAUGGCCUGAAAUACUUGCCACUCUUUGGCUAUGUCUUGGGAACGCAUGGGGGAGUGUAUGUGAAACGUGCCAAGAAGUUUGAUGACAACAAUGAAAAAUACUUCAAACGCAAGCUGGAAUACUUACGCAAAAACCAAAUUCCAACUUGGAUGGCAAUUUUCCCUGAAGGAACUCGCUACGACCCAAGUAAUGUGGAACUCAUCAAGGCAAGUCGGUCAUUUGCCUUAAAGAAUGGUUUAGCGGUCACCAACCAUGUACUUUCACCCAGAAUCAAGGCAGUGAAUAUGUGCAUUCAGGGACUACGAGGUCUUGCAGACGCCGUGUAUGAUGUUACUAUUGCAUAUUCCAACACUGGGGAGGAGACGGCUAUGGAGGAAUAUGUUGAGAGGAGACCUGCCCCAGGAAUGCCAGACUUUCUGCAAGGCAAGUGUCCUAGGCUGCAUAUUCAUCUUCGUCGUAUUGCCAUGGAAACCAUUCCUGAAGAUGAGGAAUCUUGCCAUAGAUGGUUACAUGAACUCUUUGAAGAGAAAGAUAACAUGCUGACUGACUUCUACUCUGACGACCCUGAUAAGCGAGGUCAUUUAGAGGGCGAAGGUCACAGGUCACGACUGGGCCUUUCGUCUACAUUGCCUGCAGUGGUCUUCUCAAUUGCGCUGGCCGUGCCAGUGUUUGCGACGAGUUGUGGACGUCAAGCGUACUGGAAGGUGUGGCUGUUUGGCUCUCUAGCUGGAAUCACAUGGAUGAAAUUAACAACGAGAAAAUAAAGUAGCCGGUAAAACAGGCAUUUGUGAAUUGUAUAUAAACCAAGCAUGAUAUCUGGCCCUUCAAAAAAAGUAAAAAGUAGGAAAACUUUUUAGAAUACAAGGGUUGACCUUCAUGAACCGUGGUUUAGGCUUUCAAAGCCAUUCUGAGCUGUUUAAAAACAAUUUUGCUUAUUUUUCCCGAGGG